AUGAAUCCCUUCAUGCCUGAAUUCUCAGGCAUCAAUGAUAACGUGAUCAAGAUGGAGUCACCUGACAGUCCAACGAUAGCCGCCGUCAAAAGUCCGACGACAUCCCUUCGAUUAACAGUCCGUCACGAGCGGGGCAAUUCUGAGGAAUAUCAGCCGUCCGAAAGCGCAUCAUCCUCGAGAUCGCGUCCCCGUGGCCGCAAACUUGACCACUUCCGAUCCCGCAAGACCCAGAAAGAACCCCGUCCAUCGCAGCCGCCGAAGCCACCGAGGCCACCGAGGCCAACAAGGGUAUCGAAAGCACCGAAGCAACAACCCAAACGCCCAGAGAUGGCCCACGGCGCCGAAGACUGCGCGACUGUUCUUGAGCAGUUCGUCCACGAUGUCGCCAACUUGCCACUGGAGAUCAAUCAUCUGAUGGAGGAGAUUCAGGCGAAAGACAAAGUCAUGCAGGAUUGUCGAGCUACCAUCAACUCGCGCGACGGCAGUAUCCAGAAAUUCAUCAAGUUGAACGGCAGUCUAGCCCCGAACCCAAAGGAAGACCAAUACAGCAAAUCGGUUCUACAGAGUCUAGACAAAUGCUCGCAACUACAGGACGAAAAGAUCCAACUCAGCGAGAAAGCAUGCGUCCUCCUAGACCGGCAGAUCAAACGCCUCGACGUGCGCAUCCGCGAUCUAGUAAACGAAGGCCUCCUCUCAAAUGACCCGCCCUUGCCCUCAAUGUUCGAUAAAAAGGUCGACUACCGCGAGCCUCCAAAGAAACACCCGCGUACUCGACCCCCCCUUAAUCCGACCUCGGGCAAUUCAAACCCAAUUCUCGCGGCCGCGCAUCGUCUAAAUCAAGCAACGCCCCGUAUUUCGACCGCUGCCGCCCUGGCAGCUGCACAAGGUAGCGGCCGGAGUUCGGCGCCAGCUACACCCGCCGCAGCGGGUAUGCAUCUCCAACAACGGCAGCGCGAAUCCUCCGCUGGCGCAAUAGACAGCAAGCGUCGCCGUCUGAACCCGCCAUUCGGUACACUCCCGGCCGCAUCCUCAAAUCUGCGUCAAUCAUCUCUAGGCCCUGGCACGCCCAAGGCCGGAACACCCGCGGGAAGUCGAGCGGGGAGUGUCCAGCCUCGCGGCGUGAGCAGCGGAAUCAAGAAAGCGCUCACGAAGAAGAUCGCCCCGCACCAACAAGUCAAGAAAAUAAAGUCUUCCGCCGGAACGAAGUCGAAUAAGCGCUCAUCCAGCGCGAGUGGGCGGAUUAAAGCGUCGAAGAAAUCCCCUGGUGAAGGUGCGGAUGACGAUGACGACUCCAUGCUCAGUAGUGCGGACAUGUCUGAGUCGGAUAAGAAUGAUGACAGUGCCGAGGACGAUCUUGAUGAUGAUGACGAUGAGGACGAGGGUAAUGAGGAUACCAAGGUGUACUGCACUUGUCGGACUGUCAGUCACGGCGAUAUGGUUGCUUGUGACAACGAUAACUGUCCGUAUGAAUGGUUCCACUGGAAAUGUGUCGGGCUCACGAGAGAGCCCGUGGGUACUUGGUAUUGUGAUGAGUGCCGCAGGACCCUCGGCAAGUAG